GUCCGCCCGUGUUUCUGUCCUCGCCCCUGUCUCUGCCCAUCUCUUCCAUUCUCUGUCUGCUCCCCGCCGUACGCACACACGGCCACACAGUUUGUCCUCUGACCUGCCGUGCCUGUGCCUGCCUUUACACUAAGGUAGGUACUCCGUACUGCUGCUGCUGCUCGACCGUACACUUCCCUUUCCAGCUUCGCGUCGGGUGCUUGGUCCCCCUUUCGCUUCAUCUUAGCUCGCCCGCCAGUGGCACACCCUCGUUUUCUCGCCAUCUGCCUCUUGUUUCUCCCACACACCCUCUCCUUCGCCCUCACUUCUUCCUCCUCCCAGUCCUCCUAUUCAAACACCCCCCCUGGACACCACUCUCCCCUUUUACCUCAGCUGGAACUGCCUCUUCUUGCCUCGUCUCCGAUUUCUUCCCCUUCCUCCCUCUCUCCUUUCUCGUUUCUUCUCUCCCCACCUGUCACCGAGCAGUCAGUCAGUCAAUCAACCAGUCUGUGCUAGAGCCUCAACUUUCGCUCAACCAGACCAGACAGUUCAAGUUGCUCCUUGAGGCUCCUUCGAAUGGCGCCUUUUUGAGCAACUCCUUCGACCGACGACUCCUUGACGAGAGCUUGCUCUCUGGAUAGCUUCCUUGCCGUCUUUUGAUUCAUCCAAUCAAGCUAGGCCCCUUUCCUUCGACACGCUGGUCAGCUCGUGUGUGGCCCGGAUCAUCAACCACCUCGUCACCUUCUCCUUCGCUCUCACGCCCACCUAUAUAACUUCAACUUAACUUUUCUUCCUUAACGACGACUAAUCACCGACGAAAUGGCGCCUUCGCUGAACGCACACUCGUCCUUCACCCGGCCCCGGACCGGCGACCGCGAUGGUCGACCUACCACCCGUGAUCAGGGAGACAACAACCUCAUCAUCCCGAGCCGUACUUCCUCCCUUCACUCGCGCAUCACCCAGCCGAUUCCCUCGACCAUGAAUGCGAAGCCCCAGCAGCGCACCCCAAAGACGCUUACUCACGCCUACAUGGUAUGCGGUGUUGGCAGAGAACCUUCGCAAUGGGUCAAGGCUCCAGCCCCUGCACAGGGCAAGAUUGGCCACAUGAAGGGCGCUGUUGGUCAAUUCUGGCUGCCCGAGAUUCUUGGAAGCAGCCCGAGGUUGGAGCAAGACAACGAGAUCGCCAGAUCGUUGCACGCUGCCAUGCGGGCUUGCUUUCCCCACGACGUUGAGAUCUGCACUGGCCGCAGCCAGCCUCACUGCGUCCACCAUGCCUUCGUUCUGCAGCAAGACUCGUCCCACACUUUGUAUGGAAUUUGUCUUCGCGUAUGGUCGCGAGCCGACGAGAAGAGGGCCGAGACAAUUCGGGAUCUGCGCAAAAGAACUGAACCAGACUAUUACGACAACCCCGAUGAGACUUACUGGAUUCCCUACUGCUUGUCAUUCCUGUCUCGGUACCCGCUGUACAACCUUCUUGGAGACUACUUGCGAGGCAUGUGGAUCCACUGGAACAAGGCUACCAACUUGUUCCAUGCCGAGGAGGUCUCGCGCAUUCUCAGCUUCCCGGCUCCGAGACUCAAUGACUUGGUUCGCAUCGACAUGAAAGAUUAUGCUCUUUGCUACCAAUUCCCAUCGUCGCCUACUGGCUUCCAGAACUUCGCCAUGUGGCCACUAUUCUGCUGCCUGUCCAUUCCCAACAUUGUGGGUGUCGUUGAGGCCGCUAUUUCACCAACUCGUCGCAUCAUCUUUGUCAGUCAUUACCCGGCCAUGCUCACCAUGGCUGCAGAGACUGUCAGAUACUGCGUUCGAGUCUACGAAUGGAGUGGCCUCUAUGUCCCGGUUGUGCAUGCUCGUCAUGCCAAGGAUUUAGUCCAGGAGCCCGGUCCAUACAUCCUCGGUGUCACGGCCGAGUGCCGCUCUUUGUUCACCGCGCCAACGGAUGCGCUGGUUGUCGACCUCGACCGCAACUUCGUUCUUACUUCGAGCCCCCCGACCGCACUCAACCCCAGCCAGCGUAACAAGUUCGUCACCCGCCUGACACAGUCUCUCAACGGAGAUGUGACUCCCUCCGGCGUUCCCCCUCAUCUUCGCUCCGCCUACGGUGGCGGAAAGCUCGUCCCCGCCGGCCAGAUCAUUGUUAUGCGUGGAGAAGUGGAGUCCAUCCAAGAUCCCGAAUGGUGGAACCAGGACACCGUUAUGGCCGUCAUGGAUCAUGUCUGCGAGAAGAUGGGCCGCAACACGGGCAUCAAGGCUGUCUUUGGUGGCUCCGUCAAGAAGCCCUUGAUGACCAAGGUCUCAAUGAGACAUCUCAACGAAAUUGUCCGCGAGAGAAACCAGUACUCCCGUGAUGCUCUCGAGGCUUGGCAGGACUUCAUCAACCUGAAGGGCCGCAUGGAUACCGAGCUCAACAAGGUCACAAAACGCAACAACUACCUCAAUGAGGAGCUGGAGAGCUGGAAGCAGCAGUUCCUCAAGUUCCAGGCAUUUGCUGAACAGCUCACCAAGGAGACCCAGGAUCUCAAGGCCAAGAUCGAAACACACAAGAGAGAGAACAGACGCCUUGCAGGUCUCAUUGAUCAGCAGAAGGAUGACAACGGUCGUCUCAAUGUCCGUCUCGGUGCUACUGAGAAGCAGCGUGAUGACGCUCUCGAAGCAUUGGUCCUCCAGCAGGAGAUCGCCGAGGAACUCGAGCGCGAGCGUAAGCGCAACAAGAAGGAGCUUGCUGCUCUUCAGCACACCAACGUCACCAUCCUCAGACAGCGUGACGAGGCUCGUCGUGUUGUGCUGCAUCUGCGCAGCUUGAUCGGCGGCCAGAGCCAUCACAUGGAGCAUCUGGUGCAAUCUUUGACCAAGCCCGAUGACUUGGCGCACGAAAUUGAGGAAGGCUUCGAGCCAGAGAUGGGUGAGGAUGGCAUCACUCCCAGAGAAGCCGACGUCAACCAAGCCCGCCUCCUCUCUGCUGCCGCUGAGGCGAACAAGAGGCUCUCCACUUCGAGCUUCAAGGAUGUUGCCGACCGCCACCUCAAGGACAAGACUGAUGCCAUCGCGCACAUUAUCAGAAAUAUUGCCGAGCAAUGCCAGGCUGCCGUUGAGGGCCUGCAGUUGGCCCAAGACGCCGACUUUGAUGAGCGCUCUGCCAGCGCGGCUCGCCUUCGCGCCCAGCGCCGUCGCAGCAACCUCUCCGCCACCCACAGCGAUGACGGUCACGAGACUCAGUCAAACGCAACAUCCGACAUGGGCGAAGAUAGCCUCCUUCACCCUGCUUCUGGUCGGAUAUCCAGCAUCCCCCCCACCCCGGACCUGGUUCCCAACCGGAGCAGCACAGCGAUGUCCUUCGCUUCCAGCGCUGCAACUCCCGAGCGCUCAAGUCAGCAGUACAUGAUCCAUCAGGAAAUCCCUACCAAGAUUGUUGAGGAUGAUGAGGACUUCGAGGAGGAUCGCAGCGAGUCCGAGACGAUGCCUCAGCAGACCGUCGGCAAGCACACCGACAGCCUGAUCCACCGUCCGUCUGGAGCGCGCAUCAGCGCUCUUGGCGGUACCCGCUGAAGAAUUGUCUUUGGCGGUUUCGGUAUACUCCAUUUGGAGUAAUAAGCGGCUAAGGAGAAUUUACUUUCCCUCUCUUUGGUCGAUGGGGAUGACGAUUUACCGACAUUGUGCAUACACCUUUUUACCUGAUACCUUUUUGCACUUGUGUGGUCGUGGACAAAAUUUCGUUUUGUCCGGCGUUUGCAAUUUUCAUAUUUCUGUCUUUCUCCAGAGACGAAUGUCUUGCCUUUUUUUUUUUUUCUGCCUGUGAAAGCUGAACAGGGCUCGCUGGUGUCCGGAUUGGAUGUUAUCACGAUUUUUAUAUCAUUUGUAUCCCAUGGGUGGAGCCUUCUGCUUAGUUCAGUUCAUGUCCCUCCUUAUUAUCUAGUACCCACAAUCCGAAUCCAGCGAGAGUUGAAGGAAACUACCGUUUCAAGUAUGAACAUGUGCGUGAUGUCAAAGAGUGUACUGGACUUGAUUACCUAGUGAUCUGACAGGUAUACAUUUUCCUGUGACUCAAUAUAUAUCACGACCUAAUUCCAAAGCCGAAGGGCGUGGGUGUCUUUCCGGGCUGAAGGGUACGACAGCGG